GACAUUCUUUGGACGCCUUAACAAUCCAAGUCCCACCAAAGAAAGCGACAAAGGCGUACGAAAAUACCAGCACAUUUGAAUCCUUGCACCGCUCAGGACUCUUAUCUUUCUCGGUCUCUGACCUUUAUCUUCUCUCACGCCACAGAUGAACCAACACAAGCUUCUAAUAUUCAACUUUCUUUCUGCUUUGGUGAGCAGUAGUAGAAGACCCAGAUGGCAAAGCGUGUGUACCAAGUCUGGAAGGGACGCAAUAAAUUUAUCUUCAGAGGGAGGCUUAUUUUUGGUCCGGAUGCGAAGUCACUGGUCAUAACCUUGUUGCUUAUCAUUGUUCCCAUUGUCGUAUUUUGCACUCAUGUGGCAAGGAAUCUCUUCUAUGAAUUUCAGUCAUCUUUUGCAAGCUACACAAUUCUGGUGGUUACUAUUGUACUCACAGUCAAUGUAUUAUUGCUUCUUCUUCUUACUUCAGCACGUGAUCCAGGCAUUGUUCCCCGCAAUCCGCAUCCACUAGAGGAAGAUACUUGUUAUGACUCUUCAGUUUCACUUGAAGCUGGUUCAAGACAAACACCAACCCCACGAUUACCCCGUACACAAGAUCUCAUGGUCAAUGGUUUCACUGUGAAGGUCAAGUAUUGUGAGACAUGCAUGUUGUAUCGUCCACCCCGCUGCUCGCAUUGUUCUGUAUGUGAUAAUUGUGUGGAGCGGUUUGAUCACCAUUGCCCAUGGGUAGGACAGUGCAUUGGCUUGCGCAACUACCGUUUCUUCUUCCUGUUCGUGCUUUCUUCAACUCUUCUCUGUAUCUUCGUCCUUGCAAUGUCAGCCAUGCAUUUGAAAUUUCUAUUGGAUAAUUAUGGAACCAUUUGGAAGGCAAUCAAAGAAUCACCAGUAUCAUUGAUACUUAUGGCAUAUAGCUUCAUCUUUCUCUGGUUUGUUGGAGGCCUCACCUGCUUCCACCUAUAUCUUAUUGGCACAAACCAGACUACUUACGAGAACUUUCGAUUCGGAGUAGCCAAUAGACCCCGUGCUUUUGACCGUGGUUGUUUGAACAAUUUUCUUGAAGUAUUUUGCUCCAAGAUAGAGCCUUCAAGAAACAAAUUCCACGCUCGUGUAGAAGAAAGGCCUGCCCUGUCUCUAAACCCAGAAGCAAAGGUAGCUGGCUCCAAAGGCAACCGAAGAGUCAAAGUAGAAGAUGAUCAGAUUGGUGAUGACCUCAUGAAGAUAUCCCAAAGGCAACAAAUCGAAGAAUAAGCUUAAGACAUUAAUAUCUGAACUUGGUUUGGUUUGUGUCUUUCAAACACACCAUGUCCAUGAUAGACACACCAAAUGAGCAGUAAAGAGUAGGAACUUGAGAUUCUUGGGUUUCUUGGCAACAUGAUGACAGGAAUACAAAGUGUAUGUGUUCUAGGCAUUAAAGGUCACAUUAUAGGAAUAGAUGUUAUAUACCUUUUGUAACAUGUUCUGUAUUGUUAAUUUACUUCGAACCUCAUUUUGUUCA